GGCUGCGCUCCCACGGCUGCCGCACACGGCGCGGCGGCUCCGAGCCAUGAGACCUCGGCGGCGGCCGGGCAGCGCGCCCCGCAGCCGGGCUCUUCCCUCGGGACGUUCCUCUGGGGGACUAAAAACUCUGUGGAUACAAUGAAGUGGCUCUGGGACUCUUGGGGUAGCAGGAAAAAUUAAAUAAACCGAUCUCUUUCCACUACUAGGAGUAAAGACCAGUAUAGACAAAGCAGGAUGAAAAGAUGGCUGACUUCUUGUUACCACCGGGUACUAACAGCUUCCACCGGUUCACACCUGAAUCCUUGGCUGCUAUUGAGAAACGAAUUGCAGAGAAGCUUGCAAGGAAUGCGAAGCAGGAGUACAGAGAGCAGCUGGGUGAAGAAGAAAAACCUCAGCCUCAGUUUGAUUUGCAAGCUUGCAAGAAGCUGCCCGAUAUCUAUGGGACUGUUCCUCCAGAGCUCAUCGGGGAGCCAUUGGAGGAUCUUGACCCCUUCUACAAUGAUCGCAAGACAUUUGUAGUACUGAACAAAGGGAAGACAAUCUUUCGAUUUAGUGCCACUCCUGCCUUGUAUAUACUUAGUCCUUUCCAUCCAAUCAGAAGAGCAGCAAUUAAAAUUUUGGUACAUUCAUUGUUCAGUAUGUUUAUUAUGUGCACUAUUUUAACUAAUUGUGUGUUCAUGGCACAAUCAGAGACUCCAUCAUGGAAUAAAUACGUUGAGUACACUUUCACUGGCAUUUACACUUUUGAGUCAUUGAUAAAAAUAUUGGCAAGAGGAUUUUGCAUGACAGAAUUCACCUUCCUUCGAGAUCCAUGGAACUGGCUGGAUUUCAGUGUUAUUGUUAUGGCAUACAUAACUGAAUUUGUGGACCUGGGCAAUGUCUCAGCCUUGCGAACGUUCAGAGUACUGCGGGCGCUGAAAACAAUCUCAGUCAUUUCAGGACUGAAGACCAUUGUAGGUGCACUUAUCCAGUCUGUUAAGAAACUUGCUGAUGUGAUGAUCCUGACCGUUUUCUGCUUGAGUGUCUUUGCCCUCAUAGGCCUCCAGCUCUUUAUGGGCAACUUGCGACACAAGUGUGUCAGGGACUACACCGUGUUUAACUUCACCAAUGGCACAUUGUACUUGGAUGGUAGGACGUGGAACAGCUCGGAGGAAUUUCUUAAUGAUCCAGUUAACUACUUCAUAAAAAAUGGUACAGAAGAUGUAUUACUGUGUGGCAAUAGCACUGAUGCUGGCACAUGCCCUGAGGGAUACAUAUGUCUGAAGGCUGGGGAAAAUCCGGACCAUGGUUACACAAGCUUUGAUACUUUUGGCUGGGCCUUUCUCUCUUUGUUCCGUCUUAUGACUCAGGAUUAUUGGGAACGUCUCUAUCAACAGACUCUCAGAUCUGCUGGGAAGAUCUACAUGCUCUUUUUCAUGCUGGUCAUCUUUCUGGGCUCAUUUUAUCUGGUCAACUUGAUUCUGGCUGUGGUGGCCAUGGCAUAUGAAGAGCAGAACCAAGCCACUAUUGCUGAAACAGAAGAGAAGGAAAGAAAGUUUCGGGAAGCCAUGGAGAUGUUAAAGAAAGAGCAGGAGGCACUAGCUGCUAAAGGGAUUGACUCAAUGUCACUUAGCUCAUUGGAAAUGUCACCUUUAGCAUCCAAAAAUGCCAAGGAAAGAAGAAAUAGGCGAAAGAAAAAGAAAUCUUCGGGGGAAGAAUAUGGGGAAGACCAGAGGAAUCCCAAGUGUGAAUACGAUGAUGGUCAGAGGAGAAUGACUCUCCUUGGCAUUAGUUAUGGUCCCAGUGCAAACUUGGUGAAGCGCAGAACCAGCCACGGAAGCAUAUUCAGUUUCCGACUCCGUGGCAGAGACACUGGCUCCGAAACAGAUUUUGCCGAUGAUGAGAUCAGCACUGCUGGGGAAAAUGAAAGCCACCGGGGCUCUCUCUUAAUUCCAAGAUCUGGGAGGCGUCUGAGCGUGCAAAGUCAAGUGAGCCAUAGUUCUCACCCUACUACUCCCAACUACACCCAGACGGGCAAAAGGAACAGCUCAGUGGAUUGCAAUGGUGUGGUUUCCCUGAUAGGAGGAGGCACCGGGGCACUCAACCCAGACCCUACUUCUCCUGCAGGGUUACUGCUUCCCCCAGUUAUUAUGGAAAAACCUGGGACAGGCGAUCUGACCUCUCCCUCAGACGAAGCGAGCAAGAAGCAGCUUUUAAUGCCCCACCGCCCGUCGGUGGACCACUCAGAUGAACCCUUUCAGAGGCAGAGGGCAGUGAGUGCUGUCAGCAUUAUCACUAGUGCCCUGGAAGAGCUUGAGGAAUCACACCAGAAAUGUCCUCCAUGCUGGAACCACUUUGCUGUUAAAUUUCUCAUUUGGGAUUGCUGCCCGUUUUGGCUUUUAAUCAAGAAAUUUGUCAAGUUUGUGGUAAUGGACCCAUUUACCGACCUCACCAUCACCCUCUGCAUUGUGCUGAACACACUCUUCAUGGCCUUGGAGCACUAUAAGAUGACGAAGGAGUUUGACCAUAUGCUUUACAUAGGCAAUUUGGUCUUCACUGGGAUUUUUACAGCAGAAAUGAUCUUCAAAGUAAUUGCCCUUGACCCCUACUACUAUUUUCAGCAGGGCUGGAACAUCUUUGACAGCAUAAUUGUUAUACUGAGCCUGAUGGAACUGGGUUUAUCCAGCAUGGGAAACCUGUCUGUUUUACGCUCCUUUCGACUGCUGCGAGUCUUCAAACUGGCAAAGUCCUGGCCGACCUUAAAUACGCUCAUUAAAAUCAUCGGGAAUUCAGUGGGUGCCCUCGGGAACCUCACCCUCGUGCUGGCAAUCAUCGUCUUUAUUUUUGCCGUGGUAGGAAUGCAGCUUUUUGGGAAAAGUUACAUGGACAAUGUCAAGAAGAUAAGCACUACCGGCAAUUUGCCACGGUGGCACAUGAAUGAUUUCUUCCAUUCGUUCCUCAUUAUCUUCCGAAUCCUGUGUGGGGAGUGGAUCGAGACCAUGUGGGACUGCAUGGAAGUGGCUGGGCAGCCCUUGUGCCUUCUCGUCUUCUUGUUGGUCAUGGUGAUAGGAAACCUCGUGGUGCUCAACCUGUUCCUUGCCUUGCUGCUGAGCUCUUUCAGUGCUGACAACCUUUCGGCACCAGAUGAGGAUGGGGAGAUGAACAACCUGCAGCUUGCUUUUGCUCGGAUCAACAGGGGUCUUCGGUAUGUGAAACGCACGACGUGGGAUUUUUGCUGCAAUGUCCUCCGGCAUCCCAAGACCACAGCUGAAAAGAAGGCAAUGAUGAAGCUUGCUGCCCAGAAUACAGGUGCCCUGAACAACUGUGUGAACAGUCACACAACUGCUGAGCUUGGCAAAGACAUGGAGAAUCACAAAGAGAACCACGCUGAGGAUGGGAUGAAUAAAAAUGGGGAGAAACACCUGGGAUUUACAGAUAAUGAUGAUUUCAUGACCAAUCCUGACCUGUCCAUUUGUGUUCCUAUUGCUGUGGGAGAGUCUGAUAUUGAGGAGGAAGAUGAGGAGCAGAGCACGUUUACGGAAAUGGAGCAGGAAAAGCAGCUGCAGCUGAGGGGGCAGCGAUGUCAAAGUCCAGGCGCCCGGAGUCAGAACUCUGAGAUUUGUGAAGAGUUAAGUGAGUUGCACAUGGAUAAGCAGUUGAAGGCUGAGCCACCACCUCCAGUAGGGCAAAAAGAGCUUGAUGAAAUCAGUCUUUCUGAAGGCAGCACAGUGGAUUUGACAAAUCCCGCAGAACUGCUGGAGCAGAUCCCUGAGUUUGCUGAGGAGCUGAUGGAGCCUGAAGAUUGCUUCCCCGAAGUUUGUGUGCGAUUCUUCCCAUGCUGUUCAGUGGACAUCUCAAAAUUUCCAGGCAAAAUUUGGUGGAGGCUCCGGAAAACGUGCUACAGAAUUGUUGAACACAACUGGUUUGAAACUUUCAUCAUAUUCAUGAUCUUGCUGAGCAGUGGAGCCCUGGCUUUUGAAGAUAUUUAUCUUGAAGAUCGAAAAAACAUAAAAACCAUGCUGGAAUACGCUGACAAAAUAUUCACUUACAUCUUUGUCUUGGAAAUGCUUUUAAAAUGGGUGGCUUAUGGCUUCAAGAAGUAUUUCACCAAUGCCUGGUGCUGGCUUGACUUCCUCAUUGAGAUGUAAGUUUCCUUAAUAAGCCUCAUAGCCAACACGCUUGGAUACUCUGAGAUGGGCCCCAUCAAAUCCCUCAGGACCCUCCGAGCUCUGAGACCACUAAGAGCAUUGUCACGAUUUGAAGGGAUGAGGGUGGUGGUCAAUGCCCUCGUGGGAGCCAUCCCUUCCAUCAUGAACGUUCUGCUUGUCUGCCUCAUCUUCUGGCUCAUCUUUAGCAUCAUGGGAGUGAACCUGUUUGCUGGGAAGUUUGGGAAGUGCAUUAAUAAGACAGAAGGAGAUAUGCCUUUAGACUCUAAAAUUAACAACAUGAGUGACUGCAUACUCUAUAAUGUUUCUGGCACAUUUUACUGGACGAAAGUUAAAGUUAACUUUGAUAAUGUUGGUGCCGGGUACCUGGCUCUGCUACAAGUGGCCACAUUUAAAGGCUGGAUGGAUAUUAUGUAUGCAGCUGUGGAUUCACGAGAGUGUGAGGAGCAGCCUGAAUGGGAAUGUAAUUUGUACAUGUACCUGUACUUUGUGAUUUUCAUCAUCUUUGGAUCUUUCUUCACACUGAACCUCUUCAUUGGUGUCAUCAUUGACAAUUUUAACCAACAGAAGAAAAAGUUAGGUGGCCAAGACAUCUUUAUGACAGAAGAACAGAAAAAGUAUUAUAACGCAAUGAAAAAGCUGGGAUCUAAGAAACCUCAAAAGCCAAUCCCAAGGCCACUGAACAAAUACCAAGGUUUUAUUUUUGACGUCGUCUCAAAACAAGCCUUUGAUGUCUCCAUCAUGAUUCUCAUCUGCCUUAACAUGGUUACCAUGAUGGUGGAAACGGAUGAUCAAAGUCAAGAAAAAGUGAACAUCCUCCACAAAAUCAACAUGCUUUUUGUUGCCAUUUUCACCGGGGAGUGCAUCAUCAAAAUGCUGGCUCUGCGACACUACUACUUCACCAAUGGCUGGAACAUCUUUGACUUUGUCGUCGUGAUUCUGUCUAUUGUAGGCACCGUACUUUCUGACAUCAUUCAGAAAUAUUUUUUCUCUCCUACACUCUUCAGAGUCAUUCGCUUGGCUCGGAUUGGCCGGAUCCUGAGACUCAUCCGGGGAGCCAAAGGAAUUCGAACUCUUCUUUUUGCCUUAAUGAUGUCCUUACCUGCUUUGUUCAACAUUGGCCUCUUGCUGUUUCUGGUCAUGUUCAUUUAUGCCAUUUUUGGCAUGGCUAAUUUUGCCUAUGUUAAGAAGGAAUAUGGGAUUGAUGACAUGUUCAACUUCCAAACCUUUGCUAACAGCAUGCUCUGUCUCUUCCAAAUCACAACGUCAGCUGGUUGGGAUGGUCUUCUCAAUCCUAUUUUGAACACCGGACCACCGUAUUGCGACCCAAACCUUCCAAAUGCAAAUGGUUCAAAGGGAGACUGCGGAAGUCCUGCCGUAGGGAUUUUAUUCUUUGUUACUUAUAUCAUUAUAUCAUUUCUCAUUGUUGUAAACAUGUAUAUAGCCAUUAUUUUAGAGAACUUCAGUGUAGCCACUGAGGAAAGUACAGAGCCUCUAAGUGAGGAUGAUUUUGAUAUGUUCUAUGAAAUCUGGGAGAAGUUCGACCCUGAAGCCACUCAGUUUAUUGAGUAUUCUGCACUUUCAGACUUUGCAGAUGCACUGGCGGAACCUUUGCGCAUAGCGAAACCAAACAAAAUCAAACUCAUAGCAAUGGACCUGCCCAUGGUCAGUGGAGAUAGGAUCCAUUGCCUGGAUAUUUUGUUUGCUUUUACAAAAAGGGUGCUAGGAGAAUCUGGAGAAAUGGAUGCCCUUAAAAUACAAAUGGAAGAAAAGUUCAUGGCAGCGAAUCCGUCUAAGAUCUCGUACGAACCAAUAACAACAACUCUCAGACGGAAACAAGAAGAGGUCUCUGCCAUUGUCAUCCAGCGGGCCUACAGGAGACAUUUGUUUCGGCGCUCCAUGAAGCAGGCAUCUUACUUAUACCGGCACAGAACUUUUGACGGCAGCAUCCUCGAGGACGAUGCACCCGAGAAGGAGGGUCUCAUUGCAUUCAUGAUGAAUGAAAACUACGGCAGGCCAAUAGACAAAUCAGAAACGCUGUCCUCCACGUCCUUCCCUCCAUCCUACGACAGCGUCACCAGAGGGACAAGCGAUAAUCUCCAGCUGAAGCUGACAGACUCGAGCAAAAGCGACGAGGCUAUAGAUUGUCUGCUCUCGCCGGACAGGGAUAAAGAAUCAAUUGUUUAAAUGUUUGUUUAGAAUGCUUUAAAAUAUUGUUUACAGAAUGUAAUGCUGUAACUACACCACGAUUGAAGCAGCCUUCUUACUAAACAUUAGUUGCAAAAGAAAGAAUGGAGUUUUUACCCUUAACUACAGGAGUCUAAUAAGUCAUAUAACCUUUGACCCUGCUCUUUUUUGACUUGGCUCAAUAUUUAUAUUUAUAUAUGCACAGGAAGAAUCUUGGCAGGGUCAUAGCUGUUAUAUCAAUGGUGUGAAUACAAAUAUGCUAAACUGUAAAACAGUAAACACAAUGUAUAUCUAUCCACAGAUAAAGCCUGGCUGUAUACAUUCAUUUAAGGUCUUACUCAUAAUAGUGUGUUUACUUAUGGCGAUGUAUGACCUUGCAUUCUAAAAAGAAAAAAAAUAUAUAUCACAGCUGCUGUAGCAAAAUGUAACACUUACUGUAUAUGUUGUGAAUGGUCUUUCAUAAAUUUAUUAUAUUUGAUAUUUUUUUACUUAAAAAAAAAGUCUCUUUUUCCAUGGAGAUUAAUGAUCCUUACACUCUUCAUGAUGAACUCUGAGUCAAGGUAAUAGGAACUUGUGGGAUCCCCAUCGUUUGAAGAGGAAAGUUGUUGCAAAGUAAACUAUCAAAUUAGCAACAUUUUAACUGUUUAUUACAUUAAGCCCUCCCCGUUGGGACUUGCAACUGCUCAUCAGCAGGAAUAAAAAACAAACAAAA